AUGGCUAUUGCGGCGGCCAUAUCAUCACUACAAAGCGCCGCAAUCAAGUACCCAUGGCACUCGCUAGCCGCAGCAGUCAUCCUCGUCCCUGUUCUCUAUGUCAUUAUCAAUGAAUUCACUCGUUCGUCGGUCCGGGUAGUGGGUAUUAGCGGCCCACGGGGAUUGCCGUUGAUUGGCAACCUGGCACAGAUUCGCACAAAUGCUGCAGAGCAGUAUCGGAUCUGGUCGAAAACCCACGGUGCUGUGUAUCAGAUCCAGCUGGGGAAUAUUCCCGUCAUUGUUGUGAACUCGGCUGCAUCGGCGAAGGUGCUUUUCGGUCAGAAUGCACAGGCCCUAAGUUCCAGGCCCGAAACUUAUACUUUCCAUAAGAUUGUUUCCAAUACUGCUGGCACGACUAUCGGUACUUCACCCUACAGUGAAUCCCUGAAGAGGCGCAGAAAGGGCGCUGCAUCGGCCCUCAACCGCCCCUCCGUCGACACAUAUGUCUCACACCUGGACGUCGAGUCCAAGGCCUUUGUGGAAGAGCUGUAUACCUACGGAAACCAGGGGCAGACACCUGUCGACCCCAUGCCCAUGAUCCAGCGUCUGAGUUUGAGUCUAGCGUUGACUUUGAACUGGGGUGUACGAAUUGCAUCGCAGGAAGAGGACUUGUUCGACGAAAUCACCGAGGUGGAGGAAGAGAUCAGUAGGUUCCGAAGCACCACUGGGAAUCUGCAGGAUUAUAUUCCUCUGCUGCGGUUGAACCCGUUCAACUCCAACUCACAGAAAGCCGCGGAGAUGAGGAUUCGUCGUGAUAAGUAUCUCGGUGCGCUCAAUCGCGACUUGGAUGAUCGUAUGGCCAAAGGAACACACAAGCCUUGUAUCCAGGCCAAUGUCAUUCUGGAUAAAGAGGCUAAGCUGAAUAAGGAGGAGUUGACAUCCAUUAGCUUGACUAUGCUUUCCGGUGGGCUUGAUACGGUCACCACUCUGGUUGCGUGGAGUUUGGGAUUGCUCGCUCAGCGUCCUGAUAUCCAGGAUCGGGCUGCCAAGGCUAUCCAAGAGAUGUAUGGACAGGAUGAGCCGAUGUGCUCUGCGGAGGACGAUCAGAAGUGUGCCUAUGUUGCAGCCCUGGUGAAGGAGUGUCUUCGGUACUUCACUGUGCUGCGAUUGGCACUUCCGCGCACCUCGAUCAGGGAUAUUACCUAUGAGGGGGUUGUCAUCCCCAAGGGCACAGUCUUCUUUUUGAAUGCCUGGGCAUGCAACAUGGAUCCGGACGUGUGGACUGACCCGAAUGAGUUCCGUCCCGAGCGCUGGCUCGAGCAGCCUGACGCGCCGCUCUUCACUUACGGCCUGGGCUACCGGAUGUGCGCGGGUUCAUUGCUCGCCAAUCGCGAGCUCUACCUCGUCUUCAUCCGUACGCUCAACAGCUUCCGUAUCGAGCCACAUGAUAAGACAGACUGCCACCCUCUCCGCGGCAAUUCAGAUCCGACGAGCCUGGUGGCUAUUCCUCAAAGAUAUAAGGUUCGGUUUGUGCCGAAGAAUGAGAAAGCUCUAUCGAAGGCUCUUGCACACUAA